UUAGAUGCCUCUCUUUGUUUCAUCCCCCAACCCUUUUUCUUUUCAACUAUAAAUAUAUUUGAAGGCCUUUUGUUGAUCUUGCGGGCAGGCAGGCUCUUGAUUUCCUCAGCUACCUUUCUUUCCAUAGCUUCAAAUUUUAGGACUUUUCCUAUUUUGGCUUAGCAAUUUGUUGAAGAAAGAAAACAAAAAUGGGUUCAGAAUCAAAGAUACACACUUUUGAAGAGGUUGCAAAGCAUAACAAGGACAAAGAUUGCUGGCUAAUUAUUUCAGGGAAGGUGUAUGAUGUAACACCAUUUAUGGCUGAUCAUCCCGGAGGCGGUGAAGUAUUGCUGUCGGCAACUGGGAAGGAUGGCACAAAUGAUUUUGAAGAUAUAGGGCACAGUGAGGAUGCAAGAGAAAUGAUGGAAAAGUACUACAUUGGGGAGAUUGAUGCAGAAACUGUUCCGCAAAAGCGCACCUACAUUCCCCCACAGCAAAUGUCCAACGAUCCUGCCUCUGAAUUCUUCAUUAAGAUCCUACAAUUUCUAGUUCCUCUUUUGCUUCUCGGCUUGGCUAUUUCACUUCGUAACUACACUAAGAAAGAAUAUUGCGCAACUUUGGAGCCCCGUCCGCCGGGACACAACCAUAAUGUUUCAUUUCUCUUGGGAUUUAUAAACACCACCAUCUUUCUUUAAA